CCGGACACAAAGAGUAGUGACAAACAUCUCAUACACACCCAAACACUCACACUUACUCACUCCUUCAAUCCCUCACACCUCACAUUUCCCGCCCAAAUUUAGCGGUGGGUGGAAUAGCCAUGUGAUAAAAAGCCGUGAUCACGUGAAGGAAAUCGAGACUUGGAAGACACACACGCCAUGAAGCUGCUGUGGGCUCUCGCGUGUUUGUUCGGGGUGUGGGUGUGUCACGGACUGCCGCAGAAGGAGCCAGUGCUGAGUAAUAAGGCAGAAGAAUGUGUGAUGUACAGAAGCAAAAGCCCUGCCCGUCCUAUCAUGCAGUUCCAGCGGCGAAUAUCCGUUGCUAUAAUGCCUCAGGAACCAAUAUUUACUGCUGAGUUAAUUCUACAAUCAACCAAGACCAACAGGAAGUGCCAAUUCUUCUUAAUGGCUGGAUUCAUAAUGCUAGCUUGCGGUGAAGGUAACGCUGUUCGUGAAAAUAUCGAAUCAAGUGAUAUAACUGAAUUGUGGAUGGAGGUGGCUAGAGAAACAGAUGAUUCCGCCUCUACUGCCUGGGACCUGAAGGUGAUGGUGCGCCAGGGGAAGCACCGCACCUACAUACUGCGCCAUGAAACCGGCCUGCAGCCCCCAAUCAACAUGUCGGUGAAAUCGGACCAGUCUAUCCAAUACUACUUCAACUGUGUCACCGGAUGUCUUUUUGAUAAAUCUGUGACAAUGGCUCCGGGUGACCACACAUUCUUUUUGCGUCAAGAUGGCGACUACGUCCACAUGAACAUAGAUGGUGGCUGGUUUAAGCAUCCUUUGGGGAAUCCUCACGUCGACAAGACAGUGCCUGUACUGCCUCCAUCUAGGGAAGGGACGGACCUUAACUUUUCUAACUUAAAGCCUCUUAUUGACUCAAAUGCGGAAGACCUCCCUCUAAGUGGCUCUGCAGCAGACGUCAGUUUUGGCGAAAAAAAACUUUCCAUCAAUGUGACCACGGAUCAGCUGGGUCUUACUAGGGGCCUGAAAGAAGUCACAGUAGUCUGGGACGUAAAUCUGGGGAACAUUGGGGCUCUGGUGGAUGGUGUUCCUCUAUUUAAUCAUACUCUUUACACGAAUCUGACGAAGGAAAGGCAACUCAAGGUGAAGAUGGGGAAGUUGAGUAGCGGGUUGGUGGCACCUUGUAACCCGAACUUCCAGAUGGUGGAGUUUGGCGGCGAUGAGGAAGUGACUAAAACAAAAACGAUCCUUCAAUCACCACCACGUCAUCUGAGACAGAGGACGUUCCAACAGCAGAUGACGUCAGCCAAAAACCUAAGGCUAGCCAGCAGGCGUCCAGCGGAUGGCUUCCAGCAGUUUUCACCUUCGUGGUGCUAAACUUCAUAGUAACAGUGGUUGCUGUGAGUCUCGCAGUGCUGAUGUACUACCGCUCGUCGUCCAACAAAUGUCAAUUGACAAAAGACACAUCCACCGCACCGGCUAUCUUCUCCAAACGGUUUUCCACACGUUCCUCGACACGCUCGACUCAACGCAGCAGUCAGCGUGGCAAAGCCCAAGGCGAUACCACCAAAGGGAACAAAAAUGACGACCGGAUUGAAGAUGGAAAUGUUAAUUCUGAGACAGCGACGACGCCCCUCACUACGCCGGACUCCCUAGCCAGCCCCAGGAAACACAGAAAUCUCUCCACGGAUGAGUUUGUUGAUCUAUCGUUGAUAUGAUGAGGACGAGGAGUGAAGGUCAAGCGUCCCAAUGUCCCAGUGCGGCGGGCGUCUCUCCGCCGAUCCCGGCACAGUGACAUGAUCCAUGUAGUACUUAAACACCCCUGAGGAACACAAGUGCAACAGAGCCUUUUGUCAAAAAGUUGCGCCAUUACUGAGAUACACCAGUGCACCAUUAAUAUUGUUAAACAGAAAUAACAUACAACGAGUCAACUUAAACAUACGUGCUAUAAGUUUGCCAGCCGCAUGCGAAGGAAAAUGAUAACUAUUUGCGAGAUUCCUUCCUCUAAUUGAUUUAUCACUGGAGAAAGACUGUGGCAGCCUCGGGCAGGACCGGACUGCCGCUGAGGCUCUAUAAUGAACGCCACUGCUUGAGGCUGUGUCCAUUAUUUAUGGUUAUUCACUAGUCAUUAUUUCAAGUAAUCCUCCCCCGUGAGGUGUACUUCGUCUUGCAAGGCACCAAGACGUUAUUACUUUUAAUACAAAUAUGUAACUCUUUUUUAAGUUAGUUCAAGUGAUGUCGACUUUUUUUCUCAACAAUACGCAGCCAACGCCACGAUCUUACAUUGGGCGUUGUAUUGCAAUAUUUCCACAUGAAGUUAUGAAGAAAACGUUUAUAACUAAAGACAAUGAAUAAAAUCUUGAUCAAA